AUUUGAAUGAGUACAAAACAUCGUAAAAAUCCCUUUCCACUGCUCUCACACUUCAAGAGCACUGCUUUGGAUAAUUUCUCGUUUAAAUAAGGCAAUUGAGACCAAGAAUAAGAUGUAUAAGACUAUGAAUUUCGAAGGAAUUCUUGAGCACCCUCUACAGCCGAAUCUGGUUAUUUAUGGUAGAAAGAGACUCAUUCAAAACCCAAAACUCCAGCAAUUAAAAGAGAAUGAGGGGCCAUCAAUAAAAGCAGUUCCUGCCUUCAACUUGGAACAGCCAGGGAACUCAUUGCUUAAUAACAAUAUGAGUUAUAAAUCAGUUACGAACUCUAUUAGGCAUACACGAGUUAACUUCAGGAGAAGAGAUACGAAGACUGCAAUUCAAGUUAACAGAAUCCGGCUGGGGAGCACUGAGGAGCUAUUUCAAAAAUUUGGCAGUAAAUAAAGAAGAGUCUGAACAAGAAGAUCAAUAUAUUGACUAUCAGCCCAAAACAGUUAUUCCUCUUAACUUGAUAAAUAUCGGUAAUAUCAGAAGUGAUUCUACUGUUGCCCGUGCAACUAGUCAUAAACGGAAUGUGAAAAGUCAUGGAACACAAAUAUAAUUGCACGAAGGAAGAGUAAAUCUCAGAUAAAAUCUAAUAUCUCAAGGCCUGAGACUCAAAGCAGAACUCACAGCAGAGCGUACAAUGCUUAUAUUAGUGAGAAUUUAGAAGGAAUGGGCCAAGUUCCUGAGCUAAAUAUGACUAAGUCUACCUUGGAUAAUGGAGAAGUGACUAGUCCUCAUCGGUCUUCAAAGCCACACUAUAUCUACAUAAUUCCUGACGGGGUGAAUAUUAUUAAGGAUAAAUACAAAAUUUUUAAGGCUGACAUUCAGCCUUACCUAAAUAGCCUCUUACCAAAGAGAGUCAAGAAAAAAUUUGAACACAGAAAGAAGAAGGAACCCAAGAAGGAGAAACAGCCAUUAUCAGAUAUGAUUAAACAACAGGUAUUCAAACAGUUCUUAACUGAUGUCACUGCUGAGAUGAGGUCGAGAAGAGAGAUUGUGGCUCUUUUUGAUACAAGAGGAAAACCAAUUCAAGAUCUGAUGCAGAUCAAGCAGGAUAUGAAAGUCUUCAUCUCCUCAACAGAUGAAAUAUUUAGAGGCGUCCAAGGAAUUCAUGCAUUAGAAACAGAUGAAUAUAAGGUUGAUGAAAGUAAGGAGAAAACAAAGAAAGCUUUCUUAAAGGCAUGAGAGAACUGGAUUGAUACAAAUCCAGUUCAUAAACAGAUCGAAACAUUUGAGGAUAGCUUCUUUCCCUAAGAGUUAAGAGUAGGAUAAGCUGUAGCCUGAAGAUACUCAAAUUAAUCGAUUUU